AUGAAUCAAGUGGUCAUUAAAUUAAUAGAAAAUAUUCCAGAAACGAUUGCAGUGAAGAGUAAUGAUCAAAUAAAUAAUUAUAUAACAAGAAUAUAUUCAUCAACAAAACAAGAUUUACAAAAUUCAAAAGUUAAUUUAAACGUACUUGAUUCAAGUACGAGCGUGAAUAUUAAUUUGGCAUUUAAAUUAUUUUUGGAUGCAUCGAACAAGGAUCAUGCAUUGGCACAAAGGUAUGUUGGGACAUGUUAUCAAUUUGGAUAUGGUACCGAACAAGAUGAAACGUUAGCUUUCAAAUUUUAUGAAAAGGUGGCGAGCAAGCAUUAUGCUAUGGGACAAUUACAGCUUGGUUACUUUUACGAAAAUGGGAUAGGUGUGAAAAAGGAUUUCAAAAUGGCCGCUUCUUUGUAUGAAAAGGCUGCAAAUAAUGGGAAUAUUAUUGCUAUGAAUAACCUAGGAAAUUGUAAUCUGUAUGGAAAAGGGGUUGAUGUAAAUAAUUACAAGGGCUUUGAACUUUUUAAAAAGUCGGCAGCAGAAAAUUAUGAAUUUGGAAUUUUAAAUUUGGGAAAUUGUUUUUUUAAUGGAAUUGGGACUAGGGUUAACGAGAAAAAAGCAAUUGAAUUAUUUGAAAAGGCGGCAGAUCAUGGGAAUAGGAUUGCCAUUAAUAACCUUGCCAUAUGUUAUCGAGAGUUACUCUACGCUCGUGUCAAGCAAAAAGAAGGCCUUGAAUGGCAGAAACAACUCAUCAGUGACAUUGGAUCAGGAAUCAACUUCAAACGCAAAAGACUGCAAACCCUACUGGAACAAUGUGCAAAGGUCUUGUCGGAGAGAUUGUGGUUACCCACCGUGAUUGAUUAUGCAGGUUCGCCUACGAACUCCUCAAAUACGUGUUCUCACUCAACUCUACAAACUCGUGGUUCUCUUCGACGAUUCAACAACCGACGAUCAUGA